UGGAGUGUAGUACGCACGUGGAAAGUAUAGGAUGUGAUAGUGUUAUAUGUUAAUCAAUGUCUCCAAAUCGAUGGCCACUGAUUACCUGACAGCUUCUAUGUGUUGGGAUACAUUACACGUUAAAGUUAUGUUAAUUAUGGUCACCGAAUCAAUGCUUACGUCGUUAUAACGACUACCUGUAAGGAGGGGUGGUGUUCAAACCACGUGACAUGGAUACAUUAUGUCCCGCUAGAAAUGUUUACCGUCGGCUUUUGGCGACAGAAACAAUGAGAUAACUGUGUAUAAACGAACGCACAUAGUUGACCUUAGAACACAGUGCGGGGGUUCAGCUCAGCUACUUAAAGGGCCCUGUCCACUUCGGAUUGACACACGGACCAGAGGAGGUAUUACCAGAUAACAUGCUAUACGAAAACCCAACACCCUCCCAACGCUGCACACACAACGUAAACUGAUAGCUGGACAUCCAUGGAAUCUUUACAAAAUUCCUUUGGAUUUUAAACAAAUUAUUUACCUAUGUAGACCAGAGUUAAUUAAUUUUCUUCAAACCUGAACAAAGAGCAACGAAAGUUUUUAGUACCAAGAAUUGACUAAUUCAGUUCGUUUUAAGAAUUAUUUGUAUUCAAGAAAACAUUUUUUAACUAAGACGUGUGUAUUGAAGAAAAAAGACAAAAUCGAAGAUCAUCCGGAACUGUACUCUGAGGACGGUAUCAGAACUUAGAAGAACAUCGCUAUGUUUACCAAGUUUGUGAUUGUGACUAUAUUCUGUUGGACGACAUUGGUCAAUUGCGGACCAGUCAAGCACGAUACUCCGGUGAGCAGCACAGACAACCAGCCGAAACGUGUCCAACGAUCUACACCUCAGGAAAUCCAUGAACAAAUUAUGAACGAGCUUCGUGGCUGGACGCCUUCCCCUGCCGACACUGAAGUUUCCUCUGGUCAUAAUAACGACCCCCUGGACAGGUUAGGGGGCACCUACGUCCACAAAGGCACGCGAGAUGCAGACGAUGCAUACGAUCUCCUGUCUGUCGUGGAGGAGGACGCUUUGCCAUCAGAAGGAGACAGCACUGAAGACAAUGUGAUUCCUGACGAGGAGGUAUCUUUUGGACCAUCGGCUGACAAGUUCAAUGCUUUGAGAGGAUUCCUACAGGCGAUUAAAGAGGGUAAUGAAACUCCUACUAAACGUUCACUGGAUAGAUUAGGCGGGGCAUUUAUUCACGGAUAUAAGCGCGCGUUAGAUCCUCUUGGAGGGGUUUAUCUCCAUGGGUACAAAAGGUCACUAGACCCGCUGGGAGGCAUGUGGAUCCAUGGUUACAAAAAACGCGGACUCGACCGACUCGGCGGUGCAUACUUACACGGAUUCAAGCGAGCCAUGGAUAAUGAUGACGACAAUUCAAAACGUUCACUGGACCGGCUCGGUGGUGCAUACUUACACGGAUUUAAGCGUGCAAUGGAUAAUGAUGACGUUGAUUCAAAACGUUCACUGGACCGACUCGGUGGUGCAUACUUACACGGAUUUAAGCGUGCAAUGGAUAAUGAUGACGUUGAUUCAAAACGUUCACUGGACCGACUCGGUGGUGCAUACUUACACGGAUUUAAGCGUGCAAUGGAUAAUGAUGACGUUGAUUCAAAACGUUCACUGGACCGGCUCGGUGGUGCAUACUUACACGGAUUUAAGCGUGCAAUGGAUAAUGAUGACGUUGAUUCAAAACGUUCACUGGACCGACUCGGUGGUGCAUACUUACACGGAUUUAAGCGUGCAAUGGAUAAUGAUGACGUUGAUUCAAAACGUUCACUGGACCGACUCGGUGGUGCAUACUUACACGGAUUUAAGCGUGCAAUGGAUAAUGAUGACGUUGAUUCAAAACGUUCACUGGACCGACUCGGUGGUGCAUACUUACACGGAUUUAAGCGUGCAAUGGAUAAUGAUGACGUUGAUUCAAAACGUUCACUGGACCGGCUCGGUGGUGCAUACUUACACGGGUUUAAGCGUGCAAUGGAUAACGGUGAGGUUGAUUCAAAACGUUCACUGGACCGGCUCGGUGGUGCAUACUUACACGGGUUUAAGCGUUCAAUGGAUAACGGUGAAGUUGAUACAAAACGUUCACUUGAUCGACUUGGAGGUGCAUACUUGCACGGAUUCAAGCGCUCCAUGGAUGACGGAGAGGUUGAUUCAAAACGCUCACUUGACCGACUUGGUGGUGCUUAUUUACAUGCAUUCAAGCGCGCUAUGGUUGAUGAUGAUGACGUUGAUUCAAAACGUUCAUUAGACCGACUCGGUGGUGCAUACUUACAUGGAUUUAAGCGUGCAAUGGACGAUGAUGCUGAUCUAAAACGUUCACUUGAUCGUCUUGGUGGUGCAUAUUUACAUGGAUUCAAACGUUCUAUGGACGAUGAUGAAAAUGAGGAGAAACGAUCUCUUGAUCGUCUUGGAGGUGCUUAUUUGCAUGGAUUCAAGCGUGCUUUGGACCCUCUUGGAGGUGCUUGGCUUCAUAAUUAUAAACGCGCUUUGGAUCCAUUGGGUGGUGCGUAUCUCCAUGGUUACAAAAGAGCUCUUGAUCCGUUAGGUGGCGCGUAUCUGCACCAAUACAAACGUUCAGUUGAUACGGACUCACAAGACAAAAAAGACAACGUGGAAGCAUCACCUUGAUCCGAUAAUUUAUCUUAGCUAUGACAAAUGAUUACAGGAGAUACUCUUGUCCACAAAUUCACAAAUGAUUUGAAAAUAAAAUGUUAUCAAAUAAAUCUAUUUUUAGACGA